AUGAAGGGCCAGAUCGUCUUCUACGAGGAGAGGAACUUCCAGGGUCGCUCCUAUGAGUGCACGAGCGACUGCGCUGACAUAUCCUCCUACCUGAGCAGGUGCCAGUCUUGCCGCGUGGAGAGCGGCUGCUUCAUGGUCUAUGAGCGCCCCAACUUCAUGGGUAACCAGUAUUUUAUAAGAAAGGGCGAGUAUACCGACUCCAUGAGCAUGAUGGGCAUGAGAGACUGCAUCAAAUCCUGCCGCAUUAUUCCCAAGCACAGAGGCCAGUUUAGGAUAAAGAUCUUCGAGAGGGAGAACUUCAGCGGCCAGUCCAACGAGCUGAUGGAUGACUGCGACAACAUCAUGGAACGCUUCAACAUGAAUGAAUGCAUGUCCUGCCAGGUGAUGGAGGGCCCCUGGCUGAUGUUUGAACAGCCCCAGUUCCGUGGCAAGAUGAUAUACGUGAGGCCCGGCGAGUACCGCAGCUUCAGGGAAAUGGGCACAAGCAGCACUCGCUUCAUAAGCCUGAGGCGCAUCACGGACUCCUGCAACUAA